AUGAGUACUGUAGGAAUCGUCGACAGUGUUCGGGCACAACUAGACCCGGUUGUGCCCACCAGACCUCUGCCCUAUCUCGCCACAGUCUUCCUCUUCAUCAUCCUCGUUUAUUCUCGCCUGGGCCGAAAGUCCAAUCUUCCUUUUCUCAACCCCAAGGGAGCUUUUGAUCUCACGGGCAACCAGAUUAAGAAGGAAUUUGACACGGAAUGCAAGGGAAUGCUGUCAGCUUGGUUCGUUGCGAAUCCAGACAAGGCCGUCCGUCUUAACUGCGACACUGGUACUGCAACUGUUCUGCCCCCAAAGUUCGCCGUCGAGGUCUCCAACGACCGCGGAUUUGACCUUUUCGAAUUUCUCAAAGAUGCCUAUCAUGUCGGCCUCCCUGGCUUCGAUGGUUUCAAGGAAGUUUGUCAACCGGCACAUUUAGUGAACAGCGUUAUCCAGAAGGACCUUACCAAGGCGUUGCCCAAGCUCACAAAACCUGCCUCGGAAGAAGCCGGUGCGGCCAUUGAUAGAAUUUUCACAGAUAAGAAGGAUUUUCACCCCAUCCCCCUUGGAGACGCCAUUCUGCAAGUCAUCACCUGCACUACUUCGCGCGUGUUUCUCGGUGAGAAGAUAUGUCGAAACGAGGAAUGGCUCAAGACUGCCAAGGCCCACGCCGCAGGCGUCUUCACCGCUGGCUACGAGCUGCGUUUAUGGCCCGCACCCAUCCGCCCCAUAGUCCACUGGUUCCUGCCCAAGUGCCGUGAGGCACGCGCGCAGGUAGACAGAGCUCGCGACAUCAUUAUGCCCGUUGUGAUAGAGCGGCGCGUCGAGAAGGCCCAACUAGAGGCGUGUGGAAAGUCCGCGCCCGAGUAUAACGAUGCCAUUGGCUGGUUCGAGCGGGCGACCAACGGCAAUAACUACGAUCCUAUCGGCGCCCAGUUGGCGCUCUCCUUCUCGUCCAUUUACACGACUACCGACAUGGUCUGUCAAGUCCUUAUCAACAUCGCGCAGCACCCUGAGAUUCUGGAGCCGCUUCGCGAGGAGAUACGUACCGCCAUAGGUCAGAACGGGUGGCAGAGCAACUCGCUGUUUAACAUGAAACUGCUUGACAGUGUCAUGAAAGAAACACAGCGCCUGAAGCCCAUCGAAAGUGCGCUUAUGCGCAGCCUAGCUGUCACUGACGUAAAGCUGAGCGACGGGACAGUGGUGCCCAAGGGCGACGUGGUAGCCGUCGCCUCGCACCAAAUGUGGGAUCCCGAGACGUACCCCGACCCUGAAAAGUUCGAUCCUUACCGCUUCUACCGCAUGCGUCAAGAGCCUGGCAAGGAGGCCACCGCGCAGGUGGCUAACACAAGUGUCGAUCAGUACGGCUUCGGGCUCGGUCGACGAGCUUGCCCGGGCCGCUUCUUCGCGACCAACUCUGCAAAGAUUGUUUUGACUCACAUCUUGAUGAAGUACGACUGGAAGUUGCAAGACGGAUUCCUGCCAAAGCCCGUGUAUCGUGCUUUCGGAGUCCGAUUUGACCCCGGCACAGUUCUCGAGGCGAGAAGACGCGAGGUGGAAUUUCAAGUUUAG